UGCGCCAUCUUUGACGACAAAUAGCCCAUCUGUGUAAUUUUUGUUUUCAAAAAGUAUCGAAAAGUAUGAUCGAACACGAAAUCUCCUGAAAUAACCCAAGCAUACAUUUGGUCUUUACGUAAUUUAACGUGAUAUAAUACCGCGCAAGUCAUCUGAAGAACAUUGUCGGCGAGAUGUCGCUUGUGGAUUUGGGAAAGCGCUUGUUGGAGGCAGCACGUAAAGGACAGGAUGAUGAAGUGAGGUCGCUUAUGGCUAAUGGAGCUCCUUUUACAACAGAUUGGCUGGGUACCUCACCGCUGCAUUUAGCAGCACAGUAUGGGCAUUACUCCACCGCUGAGGUGCUUCUCCGUGCUGGGGUGAGUAGAGAUGCUCGCACUAAAGUCGAUCGGACCCCCCUCCACAUGGCUGCCGCAGAGGGCCACUCAAGCAUCGUUGAAUUACUGGUUAAGAGUGGAGCAGACAUCAAUGCCAAAGACAUGCUAAAAAUGACUGCCCUGCACUGGGCUACAGAACACGGACACAGAAUGGUCGUAGAGCUGUUGAUCAAAUACGGUGCUGAUACUCAUGCCCUGAGCAAGUUUGACAAGACACCUUUCAACAUUGCCGUGGACAGAGGAAACACAGAUUUGAUGCUCUUGUUACAGGAGGGAAUGCAGAAUCAAGUGAACAUAAAUCCAGAGAGGACUAUCCUAAGCAGCCCUUCUCCUGCCACUGCCAGCCCUCAGUUCAUCAUCUCAUCAUCAGGAGUUGUUAAUCUCUCUGAUCUUGUUCUCACCAAUGCUAAAACUAACACAGCUGCAGAGAGUGUGAUUGCUGCUGACUCGGUGGAUUCAGCUAUUCAGCAUCUCGUAGGGGAGGAUGGCCAGAGAGUCAUCACCAUAGUAACAGACCAACAGGGCAACCUGCAGCCUGGCAACCUGGGACAGAAAUUCUUUGUCACAAUGCAAGGGCAGCAAAUGGUUGCAGUGCCGGCUAGUCAGAUUGCUGAGGAAAUCGUCACUGAGGAACCCAAACCAGCUGCAUCACGGAAGAGGAAAUUUGAAUCAACUAUCAACCACACAGAUACCAAACCUAAGGUCUGAGCAGCAGGAAAUGUUAGAGUUUUCAAUCAUGCACAUUCAAUGUCAGGACUAGGAGUGGAUCACAAUAAUCGACUAGUCGUACAACAACCGGCUAGUCGAUUAGCAAGGUCUGAGCUGAUUGAGAAGGACAGUCGGGAGCAGUUGGAGCAGCAGCUGAAGGAGGCAAACAGAAAAGCUCAGGAGUACCGGCAGCAGUUACUCCGGAAGGAGCAGGAAGCUGAGCAGUACAGGCUUAAACUGGAGGCU